GACGGCCGGGGCUUCAGCAUCGGGGAGCUGGUGUUCGGGAAGCUGCGAGGGUUCUCCUGGUGGCCCGGCAGGAUCGUCUCCUGGUGGAUGAGCGGCAGGAGCCGAGCUGCAGACGGGACACGCUGGGUCAUGUGGUUUGGAGACGGGAAGUUCUCUGUAGUUUGUGUGGAGAAGCUGAUGCCUCUGAGCUCGUUCUCCUCUGCCUUCCACCAGCCCACGUACAACAAACAGUCCAUGUACAGGAAGGCCAUCUUUGAGGCUCUGCAGGUGGCCAGUGUGAGGGCAGGGAGACCUGUUCCUGCUUGUGAUGCCAGUGAUGAUGCUGAAGCUGUGGACAUCCAGACCCGACAGAUGAUAGAGUGGGCCAUGACCGGCUUCCUGCCUAAUGGCCCACAAUCACUGGACCCUCCAGAAG